UAGUGGCGCUGAUGGUAGCGCAGUAGGACUGAUAGGACUGAUAGGACUGAUAGUAGUGGCGCAAUGAUGCGCAGCUGGUUGACAUAGAUAAAUAGGCUGAUGCUCUUGAUGGUCUGGCCCUGGAGGGAGGGCUAAAGUCUGGCAGCGAGGAGCUGCUGAGGGUGAUGGCUGUCGCGCUCAAUUUGUGGCUUGGAGUCACGAGCCAGCAGAGAAGACUCCAAUGAAGGGCUCCCCACUUGCUCGCGAAGCUGUUGACGUCGAUCGCUUGACCUUGAUUUACGUGGCCCUCGCGCUAGGGUACCACGGACGACCUCGCCCUCCCAGGGAGAGAGGCGCGAGGGGUGGAGGAGGGAAAGAGUGGGCGGCGGGGCUCGGAGGGCUUAUAUGCUUUUCGACGGCGUGCUUCGCUCCCUCGCAGACUCGAUGGGUUUGGGCAGCAGGUCCCUCUGUCUCUCUUUGUCUCGAUCAAAGCCCAUUUUGCAGCCGUACAAAGGGUACCACAACUGAGACAGGGGAGGGAGCGGCCAAACACACGGGUGCUAAUGCUGCUUCGGACGGGAUCUGAUCGCGAGCGCGAGGAUGAGGCCAUGAUCGAUGCCUAGGCGGAGAAUGGGGAAU